GUACGGCCGACAUGCGCUCGCCCUGGACGACAGCCGCGCGUCGAGGUGUGGUUCGGACCAGGGUACGACGCUGAGCGGCUCCGCUAUGGCGCCGCGACGGUCUUCCACCGCGCCGCCGCACCGACAACGCUGGCCAACAACGUCGUCGUCUUGGUGGUCUACCGUCGUGCUCGUGAUGCUCUUCAUCCUCUUGUGCUUCUGCUGUCUGCCUCCGGGAUCAGAGGCAGUGGGCUCCGACAAUGUGGCCAAACGCAAACCGGGCCGAGGCCGAGGAUCUAGAUGGUGGGGCCUGGCGUCGGGAGGCCCCGAGGAGCCCAACAACGCGGUGGUGGCGACAGCGCUGGGCAGCGCCGUGAUGAGCGGCACGCAGCUCCAGCUGAGCGUGCCGCUGCGACGCAAGCAGCGCGGCCUGGUGCGCGCCAACCCGGGUUCCCUGCAGGCCAUCGCGCGGGGCAUGCGCCUGGCCAUCGCCGAGUGCAAGCACCAGUUCCGGAACCGGCGCUGGAACUGCCCCACGCCCGAGUACAUGCGGGGCAAGUCGCUCUUCGGAAAGAUCGUCCAGAGGGGCUGCCGCGAGACGGCGUUCGUGUACGCGGUGACCAGCGCGGGCGUGGCGCACGCCGUGUCGCGGGCGUGCAGCGAAGGCGCCAUCGACACCUGCACCUGCGACUACCGGCAGCGGGGUCCCCCCUCGGGUCUCGACUGGCAGUGGGGCGGCUGCUCGGACAACGUCCACUUCGGCUACAAGUUCGCGCGAGCCUUCGUCGACGCCGCCGAGAGGGGAAGGGACCUGCGGUUCGUCAUCAACCUGCACAACAACGAGGCCGGAAGGCUGCAGGUGACGACCGAGACGCGGCGCGAGUGCAAGUGUCACGGCAUGUCCGGCAGCUGCACGGUGAAGACGUGCUGGAUGCGGCUUCCUUCCUUCCGCGACGUGGGCAACCAGCUGAAGGAGCGCUUCGACGGCGCCUCGCGGGUGCUGCUCAGCAACCAGGGCAACAUCCGGGGCUUCCGGGGCCGGCGGCGCAAGGGGCAGCCGCGCUCGUUCCACCUGAAGCCCUUCUACCCGGACCACAGGCCGCCGUCGCGCAAGGACCUCGUGUACUUCGAGAACUCGCCCGACUUCUGCGUGCCCAACGCGCGGCUCGGCGUGCACGGCACCCGCGGCCGCCACUGCAACGAGUCGUCGGCCGGCGUGGACGGCUGCGAGCUCAUGUGCUGCGGCCGCGGCCACCGCACCGAGAUCCGCGAGGACCUGGAGCGCUGCGCGUGCACGUUCCACUGGUGCUGCCAGGUCAAGUGCAAGGUGUGCAAGGUUCGCCGAACCGUCCACACGUGUCUGUGAGCGACCCGCCGCCGCUGCCGAAACACCGGACACGAGAAGUGCGCGGCUGACUUGCUGAGUCACCAGAGCGCUUUGGCGUAUAACGCUCUGCAGUUACCGCUACCGUCCGGGGCACUUUCCGCUUUACGAAUGCCAGCUCAGCCUCGCCAGGUGCAUGUUCGGCGGUGCUUAGCUAGCCUGCGCAGAGCUGAUUGGUGGCCGAAGCGGUGCCAGUGAAGGUGAACCUGUAGCUGUUUUCUAAAGCACUCUAUUCGUGCGGACUGGUCGGUACAUGAAACGGAGGGUGCAAGGCUUGCCUUGGCUGGUUUAUAUGUUUCAAGGCCGCGUCGAGAGAGCACGUUGCAAAACAGACGCUCUCGUAACAGACAUCUUCUCAUCUUGAUCAUCUUAUCUGCGUGCCACCGCGUCCUCCAACGUGUAUCCGUGGACCUUCGCACGAUAAACUACAGUGCAUAGUACAUCGACGGACGAAAUGACCCCGUGUGACUUUGCGGCGACGUGUUCUGAACUUGGUGGAUCUCUAUCGCCGGAGGUGACUGUCUUGUAGUGCCCCAGGAACUGCUGGGAAGUGGGAUGCGCUCCUUCGCACCUACGCUUACACGCACGGCCGCUUGAAGUUCGAGCGCUCUCAAACUAUUCUCGUCAAUAGGGCUUGCCAAUUGUACGACGAGUGAACGCGCGUCCUCGCGCAGCGUUUGUCGACGGACCUUGCCGGUGAGCUGUGGUGAAACGCGGCUGUCCUGAUUGAGAGUGCGAGACGAGAAUUCGGUGACAGCCUGUGUUUAUAAUGGACCGAGUUAUGUAAAUUGUGAAUAAGGUGUUUCCUACAGGGGCACUGGGUAAGAGUUUGGAAAGUGCUUUCUUCUUCCUUCCUGCUCGCCACACGUAAGCACUCGCGUAACAAAUUGUCAAGCAAGGGAUAAUGUGCCAUUCGUUUAUACCUAUAUAUAGGAUGCCCUGCUUCCACUGAAAGAUAACUUGUUUUGUGAGCACACAGCCAGUUGAAGUGUUGAGGAUGCACGAGGCGUGGCUUCGCGAUUCGUCAUCGGACCAUUUUCUAUAUAUACGAAACUGGGAAAGACAACUGUUUACGUGGGCACUGAGAAUGAGUUUCGACAGAUUGAGAGAUAAAGUUUCAGGCACAGCAAAUAGGUUAACCUCAUCGGGAACAGCACCUGGGUAAUGCCGGUAAAACACACACAAGAUAAGCGACAGACGCACGGCAUCGCCUUCUUCACAUUCGUGAACUCAAAGAUGCCACGAAUUUCGAUUGCACUUCCUGGCGGAUAAAAAAUUGAGCUGUAUUCAUUAAAAGCGUACUUAUGCUAGCACUGUUCCCAAGAGUAAAUACCGACUAAUGGGCAUAUCGGAAGCAUUACUGUCGAAGGCGGCCGGCUAAUAGCAAACAGCAUUUACGUACGAGAACCACCGUGAAUUCGGCGCAUGUCCAUCGAAUAAAAAAAAACAAAAUAAAGAGCACACUACCUUCUAUUUUAAGCAUGUAAUAUACGUGCUAAUCUUUGGAAGCUUUUUCUUCACAAGAAAGACCAAAAUGCAAGGAACUGUUGUUUGUGACGUCAGGCUAAUAUUACCGGUACCGUAAUUUAAACGUGAUGUUUAAAAAAAGAAAAGUCAUUUUGUGCCCUAGUAAACAGUCUCUCCCCGCCAAAGAAACAAAAAGAUAGUAUUCUGAAAGGUUACUUUGUGCAUGUGAACUGCUUUAAAUGUCCCUCUUUAGUGUGUCUUUAAAACAUGCCGUACCAGAGCUUGCGCAAACCAAAACACUGAAAGAGAAGUGGAGCUUUUUUUAUUCCCUCUCCUAGUGUUUUUUUUUUUUUUUCGAGCACCUAAAUGCGCGAGCCACAUGCAACAUCUCAGGAUAGAGCACACUUGUAGACAGAUAUUAUCGUGCGUGCGAGGUUUUAUACCGACCUCCAUGUGACAAUGUUUCGCGUUAUCUGGGCCUGUACUUCCUUUCUUUUUAUUUUUCCCUUAGAGAUAUUUAUCGGCGACGUUGGCAAAUCACGUCUGAGUGCUCUACGUAUACAAAGAAACAAAAUAUUGAACACGAGAAAUGGUGCUCGAGGAGCUCAAACGAGAUGCAAGCAGGUCGGCGAGUGGUGAUCCAUUGUUGUGAGCGUUUUGCUGUGCGCAUCCCCGAGAAGCGCGCCACCAGCGAACCUUGCUGUGAAGUGUCCUUCCUACUUGAGCGUGCUCACCAGUGAAGCGUGCUUUACCAGAAACUUCGCUACGUAGCAUGCACUGUUCGCGCGAUAGAAUCAAAUCGUGUACGUCUGAAGUGUUCGAUGGCUUGUUGCUAUUUCCAGUUUAGAUUAAACCGCAGUUUUCAGCUAGCGGCUAUCGCACAUUGCGGGGAAAUGUUUAAAGGCGGGCUGACGGGCGCGAACUGACUGGUGCAGUUCGAGAGACCUAUUUAAGCAGUGCAGAAUAUCAUUACUCGGAUGCAUGCGCGUUAACUUAUUAUUAUUAUUACUAUUAUUAUGAAUAUACUAUGUACAUACUCAAUAUGAUCAUUCAGCUCUCUCUUUUCUUUACAUGCUUUCAGAACGCUACGUAGUCGUCCUCACUCAUCUUCUUUUAUUACUAUUAUUUUUUAUUUUUUAUAGCAGCAUGGACAUUAUGAUUGUGUGCUCACCAACACUUUUCCCGAUAAAAAAGGAAUUGGUUAUGAUAACAGUACACUCCUCAAAUGUCCGAAGCAAGUACCGCUUACCUCAUACAUGUGAGCGUAAUAGUGUUCAGUUACCAUGCACAUGCAGCAUUGGCCCAUAACCUUUAAGACUGGCAACGAUAAAUCCCGAACACAUCAAGGGUCGGCUCUGAUUAUGCGCUGAUCAAGUGACCAUGUGACAAAUUUAAAUUGAGGUGACACUGCAUCCUCAGUUCAGGCGAUAACAAUGAAGGCGAAGCUAGAUGCAGCACCGAAUGAUGCGAAUUACUCAUAAGAGGCGGCGUCAGGUAAGCCAUAAAAGCGCCACUCGAGAGGCCUGGUUAUCUACAUAUAUGUUCCAGCAGCAGGUAACAUGUAACAAAAUUAGGUAUUUCUUUGUAAUUGCAUAAAAUUAAUUUGUUUAUCAUAGUCAGUGCGCUGUGCGUCCCUUUUUCUCCCCCCCCCUCUCUUAUUUCUUAUUGUUAGGCAUAGGUCAUUCAGAGACGUAUACUUCGUUUCUUCAGCUGAUCGGUGAAAGGAUGAAUCCAUCAAUCAUUCACUUACUCAAUCAAUUUUUUUUUUUCUGUUGUGACAGAUUUAUUUGUUUUGAACAAUGCGUUUUUCGCCCGUGCAAUACGCGUCGCCUGGUGAAUGAACAAAAGUGUCUGGGAAGUUUGGGCAGAUGUUCGAGAAGGCCAGUUAAUGUUUGGGUCAAGUAAUGCAUGAGUACAGUUACGCCAGCUGCUGCGAACCAAAGCUGCUUUGUAUGUCUGUUACGCCGAGCAGUCGUAGUGCAUAUCACAUUGCAUUCAUUGUAGCCCCUUUGCUAUGGAAACGGGCCCUGCUUGGUCACCAUCUCACCUAACUUAUUCUUGUUUUGUGAAUCGUGUCGCAAACCUGAAACGUGCCAUCAGUGACAUGUGAAUGCAUCGCCUAGCAAUCGACCUUUGAUUGUUCUUCUCUUGCACUGUCUACCGUGCUGAAAAUGUGUCUUGAGGCAGACAGAGCUACUCGGUCUAACUUCACGCGCUUUUCUCAGGCAAAUUAUGUGCACUACCAAAUAUUUCUGCGUGCACAGUGUUCCUCGUAUCAAAACGACGUUCGCCUUAUCAACUUUUAUGUCACAAGGUGAUGCAGGCAUCAGUAUAUAUUUAUAUAUAUAUUUCUUGUUCUUAGACGGCACUCUGUUCUGCUUGCUCUUUAAAAAAAAAAGUCGAAUACGAAGAUGUAACUGAUUGGUGAAUCACUGUCAGCAUUGUCAAUAUAGUGAAACUUGCCUCAUGUUUGUUUGUUUUUUGUUUUUAUUUUUAUUUUUCUCUACACCCCAUGCACCCACUUUGAAAUAAAUUAUCCUAGAACUGUUCGUUA